CACAAAAACGUCACUUCCGCCUGGAGAAAAUGAUUUCUACUCGCGGCUAACGCUACUUCCGGGAAAAAAGAAACAAGCAUGGACGGCUUCGAUUUAUUCAAGAAACUUGGUGUUGGGGCCAAGUUUGACUACAAACGAUUUCAAAAGGACGCCGAACAGUUAAAGCUUGUGCAGCCAAAAUGUUCACAGAAGGAUGUUACUAAAGCGUUGGAUUUUUUUGGUGAUUCUGAGAAGACAGUUCAGAAGAUUGAAUCUGCAGAGGACAGGCUGAGCACGGAAGAGUCUGGACAGUCUGAAAGCAGUGAAGAAGAGGACUCUUCACAUGAUGGAUCACAUGACUCUGAUAGCCAGUCAGAAGCUGAGUUGCAGUUGCUAGGUAACAUCAUAUCAAAAGGAAAACAGGAGAGUAUCCAUGUUUCCAAGAAAAGGAAAAAGAAAGGCAAAAGUCCGCAGAAGAUUGCAGCACUGAAACAAGAAGAGGUAAACCACUUGCGAAAUAAACACCGUAUUCAUGUGUAUGGCAGCGACAUCCCUGACCCUGUUGUGACCUUCGACCAGCUGACCUCUCGGUAUGGGGUCAACUCUCGUCUCAUCAAGAACCUGGUAUCAGCUGGCUAUAAGGAUCUUACUGCUGUACAAAUGCAGGCUGUCCCUGUCAUGCUACAGAGACGUGAGAUAAUGGGGUGUGCCCCAACUGGCUCUGGAAAGACGGCAGCAUUCAUCAUUCCUGUUUUACAUCACCUGAAGGGGCCCAGGUCUUUGGGGUUCAGGGCGGUGGUGCUGGCACCCACACGAGAGCUUGCCAAACAGACGUGUCGUUGGUUUCAGAGGUUGUCUGAAGGACUAGGGUUAAGGAUUCACUACAUAGAGAAAGCCAGUACAGCUGCCAAAAAGUUUGGACCAAAAUCGUCCCAGAAAUUUGAUGUUCUUGUUGCCACCCCGAACAGACUAGUCUACCUGCUUCAGCAGGACCCACCAUUAAUACAGCUUAAAAAUGUUGAGUGGCUUAUCGUUGACGAGUCUGACAAGUUGUUUGAAGAGGGUCAGAGAGGUUUUCGUGAUCAGUUGGCUGUGAUUUACAAAGCUUGCGACAACAACAAUAUUCGGCGUGCCAUGUUUAGCGCCACCUUUGCUAGCGAUGUGGAACAGUGGUGCAAACUGAAUCUAGACAACGUGGUGCAAGUUCAUGUCGGUGCAAGAAAUGUUUGUACAGAAUCUGUUGAGCAGGAACUACUUUUUGUCGGAGGAGAAUCAGGAAAGUUAAUUGCCCUGCGGGAAAUAUUUAGAAAGGGCGUGAAGCCUCCAGUUCUCAUCUUUGUUCAAGCCAAAGAUCGCGCCAAGGAGUUGUUCCACGAGUUGAUUUAUGAUGGAUUGAACGUGGAUGUGAUUCACUCCGAUAGGACCCAGCUUCAGCGGGAUAAUGUGGUGAAGUGUUUCAGAGCGGGAACCAUCUGGGUGCUGAUCUGCACGGAACUGAUGGGGCGUGGCAUUGAUUUCCAGGGAGUCAACCUAGUCAUCAAUUAUGACUUUCCAAACAGUGCUGUCAGUUAUAUCCAUAGAAUAGGUAGGACUGGGCGGGCAGGAAGGGGUGGGAAGGCCAUCACAUUCUUCACCCAGGAGGAUGCUGUCAACCUCAGGAGCAUCGCUAACAUCAUGAGGGAGGCAGGCUGCUCUGUUCCAGAAUACAUGUUGACCUUGAAGCGACCUUCAAGGAAUGAACGAAAGAAGCUGUCUCGUCAAAAUCCGGUGAGAGAGAAUAUUUCCACAAUGCCUGAAGAUAAAGUUAGAGACAGAAAGAGAAGAAAUUAUCUGAAGAGAAGACGUUUGGAAGCUAAAGCAGAGGUUAAGUCAUCGGCAGAGAAAAGGACAAAAUUGGAUGAAACAGAAGUCAUUGAGACAACCAAAAGUGUGAAACCACUGAAACAGAAAGUCAGUGAGACAACCAAAAGUGUGAAGCCACUGCAACAGAAAGUCAGUGGAAAGAAGGAGAAAAAGAACCGCUUUAAACAGACAGUCAGCAAAAAUAACAAAACAAACUCCCGUAAGGACAGACUUAUGGAAAACACAGAUUAAACUCGAAGAAUUAUCUGGUAUACUGUUCUGCAGAGAAUGAUCUUUUAAUGCGCUGGGUCUCUUAGAUUAUUCACAAACAUUUAUUGUGUGUACAAGAAAUGACUGUCAGAGGCUCUGUCCUGAUAUACAUGUAGCAUUUCACCUCGGUAAUAAA